AUGGAGGGCAAAGAAAAUAAACCAGGAAUUUUAAGUUGUCUUAUAAAGGGUCCUGGUCCAGUUUAUAAAUUACCAACGUUAGUUGGCUACAAUGGUCAUGAUCCAUCUCGAUAUAGAAAUCCAGCAUAUAGCAUACGAGCUCGAACUGAUAUAAAGACAUCUGUAAUAGGGCCUGGUCCUCAUUACAAUAUCAGAAAUUUAACAAAAUCUGGGUCAGAUAAUCCACCUGCUUACACAAUCAGAGGAAGGAAAGUUUGGAGUAUGCCAGAUCAUGUUCCUGGACCUGGAGCAUACUCUCCCGAAUUGUGUCCACCAAUGAAUCACAUUCGUAGAGUACCAGCUUAUAGUAUCAAGUCACGAGGUGUGAUAAAAUUUUUAGAUGAAGGACCCGGACCAAAUUCGUACCUUUUACCGACAUGCAUAGGACCCAAAGUGCCUGAUAAACCUGCUCAGAGUGCAUUUUCUAUGAUUGGUUAUCGUAAGAUACACAAAGAAAUUUUGAAGAGUCCAGGCCCAGCCACGUACAUCAAAAUAAAUUAUGAUAUGAUAAAACGACGGAGUCCAGCAUAUAGUCUAAAAGGAAGACACAUUUUAUCAGAAAGACAUCGCAGUCCUGCACCAAUCUUUUAUCCAUUGUAUGAUACACGAAAACGUUCACCUAUGUAUUCAUUUGGUAUAAAACAUAGUGAAUGCGCCGGAAUACCUAUGACACAGCUAGAUGAGGAUUAA